AUGAGCGGCCAAAACGGUUACGGAAAUGGAUACGGCUACUCCGGCUCUAGCCGGUACGAUGCGAAUGACGGGGCAUACAGUGGUAGCAGCGGCAGUCUUGGGGUGAGCGGAUACAGUGGUCGAAGUGCCGGAGCAUCGAGCGCAGGUGGACGGUCAGAUCGCCGCCCUGGCGGAUACGGCGGGUUCUACGAAGAAACGCCGCAGCAAUCUACUCUGUCACCGGGCCAGUCAUCGGCACCAAGUCAAUCGCAGUCCCCCGAGCGUCGGCGCGAUCGAUCAGAUCGCGAUUGGCAGGAGCCUUCCUCGCAAUCGAAGUCACGGUCUCGAUCGAGAAACCAGGACCCUGGGAGGAAACGUCAGGAUGAACGGGCUGGGGAAUCGAGGCGGCACGCGGAUGCUAGAGAACAAGAGAGAAAUGCAUCUCCCGUUGUUAAGAGAAGCAAUACAGCUGGGGAGGCCCAGGGCAUUGAAACGAUCCUACAAUCGAUCCAGCGCGACUGGGAUUUCAUGACCGAUUCCGAGUGUAUUCCCGUGCACGUCGCUUUGAGUCUGAUGGACACUAGUACAUUGGGCAAAGCGGACCGAGAAGAGGACUUCCUGCGGAUGUAUAAUGACAUUCAAAAGACAUUGAAGGCCAUUGUCAACGAGCAUCAUCAGGGCUUCAAUAGUUCCAUCGGAACAUACCACAAGAUCCAGUCCAAUAUAUCGUCAUCGCAAAGUCGAGUGCGCAGCUUGAGGCAUGCACUGGACUCAGCUAAGUCCGGAUUAAUAUCGACCAAGCCUGAGCUGAAAGGACUGGCAACAUCUUCUCAGAACUACGAUGAUAUCGUCCAGCUGUUCACCCAGAUUGAGGAGAUCCAGUCUCUCCCCGAAAAGCUUGAAUCACAGAUCUCAGACAAGCGUUUCCUAGCAGCAGUGGAUGUACUCCACACUGGUCUCCGAGUUCUGCGCCGCUCAGAGCUGGAGGAAAUUGGCGCUUUAUCUGAUAUUCGUGCGUAUUUCAUCAAUCAGGAAACAUCGCUCACAGACAUCUUAAUCGAGGAGCUGCACGAUCACCUAUACUUAAAGUCACCAUAUUGUUCGGAUCGGUGGAGGGCCCCAGCCUCUGACGGCGAGGCCACCACUUCCAGCUGGGCCGGGAAUCGAUCGUGGGAACGUCCAGUUUAUGGUUUCCUAGCCAAAUUUGACCCGUUGACGCCGAUGGUCGAAGAUGCCUCGCGAAACCCCGAGGCUGAUACAUUCUCCUACAUACAGCUUUUGAUCGAAGCUCUCAAUAAGAUGGGGCAUCUGGAUGUUGCGGUGCAUAGAAUCGAACAACGUCUCCCGGUCGAGCUGUUCAAUGUGGUGGACAAAACGAACGCAGAGGUUGAUGCCCGCUAUCCCGCGCCAAACAAGAGCUUUUCCGCCCAGGACAACUACUACAAACAGUCCAGUCUCCCUACUGAAAUCAUUGAGAAGCGAGGCCAUGUGCUGUCUGAGUUCUUGUGGGCAUUAUAUGCCAAGUUUGAGGCCAUUGCGGAAGGCCACCGAGUACUUCACGAUGUUGUUGCGGCCAUCGUUGAGCGAGAAGGCCUUCUCAAGAGCGAAACGCUUUCUGGGGGAUUCAAAGAGUUGUGGUCGCUUCUACAGAGUGAGAUCCGAUCCCUUAUGCAUGACUAUCUUGCUACCGAUGGGGAUUCCUCCGCUAGACAAGAAGAAGCCGACUCGCGUCGUCAUAUCUACUCCAGUGCCCGUGAUAAGAACAAGAAAAUGUUCAAGUUAUCGGAUAUUGAGCACAGCUCGGAGAUGAAAGCAGAACAAGAUGAGCUUGAUGAAAUCCUCAAGUCUUCGGUGCCAGGCCUUGUCUCCAAGUCAAGGUCGAAGACUGCGACAAACGACACCGCACAGUCCAACAAGGGCAACUCGGGAACCGGGCACAAGAUCCUGCUCGAACCAAGUGUCUUCAACAUGGGAAUCCUUCUUCCUCCCUCCUUAUCUUUCAUCCAGCGCCUCAAAGACAUUGUUCCUGUUGAUUCAAAUAUCUCCAUGAGCACAUUGACGUCUUUCUUGGACGACUUCAUGGUGAAUGUGUUCCUGCCGCAGUUGGACGAAACAGUGACGGAUCUGUGCACGCUCAGCUUUAUUGCGGCCGACGCGUUCAUGGAGGACCCCCAGUGGUCCAAGGUCUCUCCUCGGCCUGUCUUCAAGGGCACCGUCAAGUUCAUGUCGAUCGUCAGAGAAUUCAGCAAAAUGCUCUCAAGCAUUCCACACGACCAAGCAUUUACCCAGCUCCUCAUCGAUCAAAUCGUGACCUAUUACGACAAAUGCUGCGGAUGGUAUAAAGCGAUGGUCACAAAGGUCUCUGCCCGCAAUCACAAUGGCGAGGUUCGGUUGAAAGCCGCAGCAUCAUUUGCCGAGCAGGGUGAUAUCCAUGAUACCGUCGAUGAGCUAUGGAAAGGUGCUGGCGACAAGAAGCAGACAUUGAUUGACACGGAGAUUGAUCUGCUUUUGAAGCGAACAAAUGAGGUGCCCCUGGAGCCAUACGAUAUCAUCUCCGAUCCCAAGACAGUGGUGUCGCUCUCGCUUUUGUAUAACAGCAUGCAAUGGCUUGGAAGCCACCUCGCGAGAAUCCGCCAGGUGGUUGAACACACCGCCGAUGCCGAAUCAUCAAGUCUGACUGCUACUGGCCGACCCUCUCGCCGAUGGACUCUAUUUGGGUCUACGAAACCAAAGCGUGAUAGCAUCAAUAACCCCGUGCACUUGCCUCUUAAUCACGAAACCGCAGUAGCUUUCGAUGGAACUCUUCAAUCAUUACAUGGACUAGGUUCCACCGCGCUGUUGACCAUGCAUGUUGACAUCCGCUGCGGUAUCAUCCACAUGUUGACAAGAACAAUGUCGGGACCCAAUCCACCAAAUCUGCGAAACUCCGAUCCUGUCACCCCCUCUCCAAAUAUGACCGAAAACUGGUGGCACAUCAUCAUGAACCAACCGACAGCUGCGUCACCCACCAUCCUCGCCCUCAACAACGAUCUCAUCGCAUUUGAUACCAACAUUUCAACAUACCUAGGCGCUGCCGAGCGCUGGUUCAUCACAUCUGGCCUGGCCCGGUUCAUUGACCGCGUCUUCGUGGCCAGCACCCGAUACAUCGGAGCGAUGAACGAAAAUGGAGCUUUGCGUCUGCAGCUCGAUGUGCUCGUUCUCCAACAGAACCUGAAGAACAUCAUCAUUGACCCAGCGAGCGAUGCACCCUCUAGUACCACCGAACUGCACGCUCAGGCAUCUCAGGAGGUCGUUGCACUUCCCCGCAGCGCGAAGUUCCUCGACUGGUUCCUCGAGGGUGCGGAGAAGUCCCUGGACUACUCCAAAGACGAAAAAGAGGCGUUCGCAUCACAAGGUGCCAAGGCCCUAGCAGCUGGAAAUGGAGAACCAUUCACCUACGAGGAACUGCGGGUUCUGGUCGACCUUUGUUUCUCUGAGGUUCUUCGCGGACCACGUGGGGCUGAAAGUCGGGAGGAGUUUAUGUCGGCGAAGAAGGCCAGCGCAGAUGCGCUGCUCAGGCUGAAUGAGAUUAUGUGGGAUGCCCGGUAG